UUUUUACAUCCUUCAUUGUCCAACGAUUUAAGUCUAACCAAUUUGGCACAAAAUGGCCCAGUUCCUCAGUGUGCAAAGACUGCAGUACUUUCAACAUGCCGUUUUAUCAUAAAUCAUGUAGCCUAGGCCUAGUGCAAAUUUCAGGACGACCUAGGCCCACAACUCAACCGUCUGACCGUUUGCCAACUCGACUCGGAACAACUCAACCGUUGAGACAUCUGGAGCAGUGGGACAGCUGAACAGUCUGCUUCUAAUGGACAGACAACUUGACCGUCAUGAUCGUUGCGACAAAUUGUCAUUUUACCUAGGGAAAAAAAUACCUGAAAUUUGGCCAUGUAUUCAAUAUGAGUUUGCCUGUGCACCUGACAGCAAGUGACAGUGAACAAUAUCCAGAAAUGGUGAAGCUGCUGGAGGCUCUUUGCCAACACAUCACAGACACAGGGGUCAGCAGAUCAGUCCAGAAAGAUCUCAGUCAGGCCCAGGAGUUGUUGAAGAGAGAGAAACAAUCCUAUCUACAGUUCCACAUCCUGCACCACGACCUGAAGGAGUUCCUUAUGGACCAUGAGAUUGCCAGCUAUGACAUCGCUCCAAGUUCUUCAACAGCACAGUUACAAGAAGCAGUCAAGCACUGCCUGUACACAGCGGAGGCGGCUGACUACCUACACCCUCACCCAGACACCUCAUCGGGGGACGACCAGCCCUGCACACUGCUGGGACUGACCAGAGAGCAGCUCCAGAGAGCAAACCCUCACCACAAGGGGCUUCCAUCCCUCCAGCAGCAGCUCAUUCCUCAAAUUGAGGACCGACUCGGGAAAAAGUGUGAAGAACUUGCGGCCUUCCACCAUUCCCAGCUGGACAGCGAGAGUGAAGGGAUGGCAUUUGCCAAGGCCACCAGACUACCGGACCUGCUGCGCAGCCAGCGGAGCAAACUGGAAGAGGAGAAGGGAAAACUCCGACUGGACCGUGCCCACAGGGACAGGCAGUUCUGGCAGUACUACCAGGCUCUGAUGGACUCGCUGGGAGUGCUGGAACGGUUGAUCACCAAACAUCGCCUGCGUUUGCAAGCAGACAGUGACACCAUCACCAGCAACUGGCUCAGCGCAAGGUGCCACGCCAUGUGCCUCAAACUCAGGGUGUUUGAAGCUAGGUUGCUAUGUGAUACCUACACGCCGGAGGUAGUUGCUGCUCUGGAGCAAAUUAAGCAUCACCUGAACCGUGCCAUCCAAGAACGAGACAAGGACGUAACCAGGCUCAGCCAGGCCCUGCAGGCCUACCAGAGCAUCGGCAUGGGCUUUGACCAGCUGGUCCAGGAGUAUGAGCAGCUCCAGGCAGCCAUCGACAACAAGACAUGGGCACUGACUGAGCUCAAGCAGAGUCUGGUGUCAGACACUGCCAGUGAGUGGAAGACAGACUGAUGAUCCAUCUCUGGAUACACAUAUAUUUAACGGUACCUCAACUGGUCUCAUACUUGGCUGCUAUGCGGAAGAUGCAACAAGUAUUCAAAGCUAUAUAGGCUGCGAAGUCGUUUGCAGAAUCCCCCCCCCAAAAAAACAGGAAUGCACAUCUAGGAGCUGCAGUUAAAGUGAGCUUUGGCCAAAUACGUCGCUGAAAUGCUAGUAAUGUG